AUGUUGUCCACACCAAUCACUAAAAAUUUAGAUUAUGACAAGGUAUACGAGCCGUCAGAGGAUUCAUUCUACUUGCUAGAUUGUUUUGAGGAGGAAAAAGAGUAUCUUGAAGCCAAGUUCAAGGACAGAGUGCCAGUUAUCACAGAGAUUGGAACGGGGUCAGGUAUAGUAACCACAUUUAUACUACAAAACAUAGUGCACGACGGUAUUUACAUAUCGACGGAUGUGAAUCCCAAUGCAUGCAAGAGCGUUCUAGAAACGGUGCAAUAUAAUUGUCCAACGGCAGCCCAUCUAGUUGAUUCGACUCAGAUGGACUUGACGUCUGCUAUUCGGCAACAUACAAUUGACUUGUUGGUAUUCAAUCCUCCCUAUGUACCUGCUUCUGAAGUGCCAGAGAUUCCAGCUUCCGAUGAAGAUGCUACGUGGCUAGACUUGGCAUUGUUGGGAGGCGAAGAUGGAAUGAUCGUUACGUGGAAAGUUUUGAAUAAUCUAGAGCACAUACUAAGCUCUGAUGGGGUCGCCUACAUUCUAUUUUGCGCUAGAAAUAAACCCGAUUCUGUGGCUGAUUUGAUGAGACAGAGGGGAUGGAAUGUUGAUGUGAUAAUCAAUAAGAAAGCUGGUUGGGAAGUGUUAAGUAUAUUGCGGUUUGUUAGACUGUGA